UGUGUACGGCACAAACACUUGCAAUAAAGUCCGAAUCAGUUCCAGAGAUUGUCUCGUCACAAUCCCUUUGCCAGGUAAUGUUAGCUACCAUUGCAAGCUAAAACAAGAAUAGAGCCAAACUAAUCCUGACCACCAAUUAAAUUAAGUAGCCGAAAGGGAAAGGGUUUCACGUGCAUUUCAGGACAGUCCCACCUCCUAACUUAGCUGUCUCCUAGCUCUUCAGUUAUCUGUUAGUUUUUCUUCUUGCAACCAGAAUUAUAUGUGAAACUAGAAGAAAGCUAGGGAACACAGCUGAGUAAAAAUGAGAGAAUUUACUGCAGCUGGUUUCUCUGCUGUAAGCCAAACCCAGUUGUUUCUUCCUGGAGGCAAACAAUUAAGAUGGGAAAAUUCCAAGGGCAUGUUAAGGAAAAAGGAGAGGUGGUGCUGCCAUGCAAAGGCGUGGCAACCAAUGAAUCAAAAGCCUUCCGCUUUCACUUUGAGAUUUUCUACUGAUGUCCCUCUAUACGAGUCUCCAGGGGCUUCUUUUGAUGAAUAUCUGGAAGAUAAGCCCAGGGUUUUCAAAGCCAUGUUUCCAGACAGCAUACAAGUUAAUGAGGGCGAGAGGAAAAUUGAGUUGCCACCAUUUAACUUUCUAUUCCUGGCAGCGAGGUUAGUUGUGGACGUGAGGUUGAUUUGCAAAUCUAGUGGAGAAGAUUACCCUUUUGGUGUUCCUCACACCGUCAAAAAAAUUCUUGAGUUUGACAUUACAAGAUGGGAUCUACAGGGUCUCCACACUAAUUACCAGCCACCACACUUUGCUCUGAGUGUUAAAGGAGUUGUAUAUCCUGACAGACGAGGAAAACAAAGCCGACUGAGAAACCAAAUGGAGAUUAAAUUAAGUUUUAUUGCUUCACCAGCACUUGCUUUGGCAUCUCAUCAUGUUCUUCAAAGCAUUGCAGAGUCGGUUUGCAAGGCGAUGAUGGAAGAUAUGAAGGUCACAGAAAAUGGGAGAUUGGUAGCAGAUUACUAUAAAUUCAAGAGGGAGAUGAGAGUCAAAAAUCAAUAUGGAGCUAAAAAGAAAAGAUAAAUAUGGAGAUGCGGGGGAUCGAACCCCGUGCCUCUCGCAUGCAAAGCGAGCGCUCUACCAUUUGAGCUACAUCCCCUCACCCGUGCGAGUUAAUUUUAUAAAAUAAAUAUAUUUAAAGAGUUUGAUUGGAGUAAAGUGCUCAUAAGGUGCAUACUAAUUUGAGAAUUAAUGGCCAAACAUUUGUAUCAUACACAGAGCAAAUACAAUGGCUUUUAAGUUAACUCUGCA